AUUUGUUUUAAUUUAGAUAUAAAGUAAAUAAUGUAGGCCUGAUAGUAAUGGCUUCUUCAAGCAACUCUGCUGUUCAACCAGAUAUUGUUGUUUGGGAAUGGGAAGAUGAUUUUGGGCAUUACAUCCCGUAUGACCCCUUAUCCUGCCAUGCAAUUGAAAAUGUAUUCAAUACUGGUAAAUCAACUGUGAAACUUGGAAAUGCGAACCCACUUCUUAAAUUUCAUGAAGUUGAUGUUCAGUCAUCCAGGCAAAAGAACACUGUGACAGGUAGAGAAAGGGCCGUUAAAAGAAGAUCUUUACCAGCAACACAUGCUUUGGCACAGCAAGUCUCAUGGGAAUGGGAUAAGUCUUCAUCAAAAUCUCAUGCACCUGAUUGGAGUUCGUAUUCUACCGACAUGAUAGACUAUAUUGAACGAAAACAUUCGGAAAAGAAGCAUUUGUUUGUGUUUCCACCUCACUUUGGCAUGGAUCAUCGCAUCAAUCUGAAAAGUGAAACUCAAGUGAACAAGACAACACAAUAUUUAAGGAAAAUAAAACGUGUCAAACUGCAAGAUUCCUAUCCAAUCAGUUCCUCCACAGUUAGCCAAUCAAAUCACAGACCCCGCCUACCACACGCCCAUCAAUAUCAAUGGAACCCAGUUUCAAACCAUGGGAUUACUAAUGGGUAUCCCGGUACUACAACUUAUCAGAACAGUUUCCGAAACCUGCAAAAUUCUUCCACCCCCUCUGUACCCCCACUUCAAAGCAAUGGGUCUACUGUGACAUCACAAAUUGCUCUUUCAUACGCUGCUAUGGCUUCACAAAGGCCUUUACCCAAAACCCCUUCUGGAGCCACUGGAACAUCAUCUACUACUAGCAGGACAGGAAACGCAAAUACUAGAAAGAUAUCAACAAAAAGCAGUGUGAAGGUUCCUCCAUGUCCACCUGGUGGCAUCCCGUGCACUUCAGGUAGCAGUACAUCUAUUGUUCCAAUUCAUGAGGUCAUAAAGCAUUUUAUGAAGUCAUUGAGCAUCGACCCAAAAUCAACAGAUGAUUGUGCAAUAUGUCAGAGCCAACUGACUGAAACUUCUGGAUUUGGACAAAGCAAAGAUACUUUGGAAUUGAAUUUGUGCAAACACAUUUUCCACACUGAAUGUAUUGAAGCUUCGUAUAGCCAUAGUGUGCAGAAUGGUUGCUUUGUAUGUCCAGCCUGUAACAAAAUGCAUGGUAUAAAGACGGGAACCCAGCCACCAGGGACCAUGACUUAUACUACAUCACAAAGCCAUUUGCCUGGUUACGCCAGCUGUGGAACUCUACAAGUAACAUACAACAUACCAUCUGGCAUUCAGACAUCUGAGCAUCCUCACCCAGGAAAGCGAUUCAUUGCUCACGGGUUCCCGAGAGUUGGAUAUCUUCCAGAUAAUAAUAAAGGAAGAAGGAUUUUACUGUUGCUCAUUGAAGCGUGGAAACGUCGAUUAAUUUUCACGGUUGGCCAAUCAAGCACGACUGGAAUGGAUGAUUGCGUAACAUGGACCGGAAUUCAUCAUAAAACCGAAAAAACUUCGAGGGGGGGACAUGGAUAUCCUGACGAGGGAUACUUAGAUCGAGUGUUGAGUGAACUCGCUGCUGAAGGAGUGAUUGAGGAGGAGAGCAAAGCAUAAAAGCUUUAUAAAAAACUUUUUUACUUUAUUCUGAACAAGGCUCUGGACAAGGGUAGAAUUUUGAGCAUCUCUUGACUGACAUGGACUGGUAACCAGAUAAGAGAAAAAAUUCGCAUGAGUCGUCUUAUUGACUUUCCCGAAAUAAAUACUAAAACCUUGCCUUAUCCAUGCAUAAGAAACACCUGGCGAUCAUAAACCAAUACCCGACAUGGAAUGGUAACCACACGAGAGGCUGUGGUUUUCCAUGUGACUGAGCUGUCUUAACUACCUUCCUGAGUUAAAUACUAAAACCUUAUCUUAUCCAUGCAUUUGAAACAUAACUGACUAACCCAAUACCAUAGCCGAGAUGGACUGGUAACUGCACAAGAGGCCGUGGUUCGCUAUAUGACUGAGUUGAUUUCAGCUUUCCUCUUGAGUGAAGAGCCCAGUAAUUCACUUCCUUAUAAAUAUAUCCCACAAUAUUUUACCUUGUAAAUCCACGCAUGGUAAUCGGAGGUGUGUUGACAAGCGUGUUCUUAACUAAUAGCAAGAUAUGGCAAUCGUUAAGCCUUGGUGGCUUUUUUGAAUUAAGCAUUUCAUACUUAAAAUGUACUAUAUUUUUCUUCAAUUUUCCAAUAAUUUUCAUUUCUUUGAUUUUUCUCGUUUUAAUACUUAUUCUGCAAACCUUCUUAAUAAUUAAACAAAAAGAUUUUAUUUUAAAUGAUUCAAUAAUCAUUGAAUAAAGAAUUAAGCUCGCUUUGUGGAAAGGUAAAUCGAGACCAGAGCUGUGAAGAUGGUUAAAAUGUAUCAUCGACUCGGACUUUUGAUUUCAAGUUUAAAAAGGUUCGACUCUGUGUCAUAGAAAUUUUGACUUUGUACUUCUGAACUCUAAAAUUUUGUAACAAAAACUUUGGCGUAUGUAAUCCUUCUUUGGCGCUCCAGUAGUGUGUGUACCAAUAUGGAGGCAGCUAAUUUUGUUCGCCUAUCUUACAUCCAGUUGACAGUCCCCGAACUUGUAAUGGAACUAAAAUAAUGAAAAUCUGAAUAAAAUUAUGGUCUAACCUGGUACACAUACUAAGGGAAUACUUCUUUAAAAGAAUGUCAACGAUUAAUCAACUUUAUGCUUCAGAGCAGGAGUGUGUAACAAGCGGGUCACAACCCGUCCGCGCCAAACUGUUCAGUGUUGCUCAGAUUUUCCACAUCAAGCUUCAAAACUGAUCCGACAUUUUAUUUUUAAAAAGACGCUUACAGGGGUAAAAAUACAUGUUUUCUUAUCGAUGCAUUAACUCAUUUGCCGUUUUGCUCGAUGGCUUUAUCACUGUAAUUCGUUGUAUACAUAAAAAAAAUUGUUUUCAUUGUUAAUUAUUCUAAGAACCUUUUGUUAAUUUCAGUAGUGAUUAGUAACCCAAGAUCGAUUGUGUCAUAAAAGUUUCCAUUUCCAUGUUAAAUUCUGAUUUGUUGUUCGCUUCCCAUUUCUUCAAUAUAUGCAUAUUGUGCAAAUUAGCACACAAUUUAGUACGGUGAUUUCCCUUCAAUGGAUAGUUUUCGUGUAGUAUUGAUGGUCACUGCAAGGGGGAGAGGUUAUGGUGAAAAUUGCUGUAAGGGUGGUAAUAAACUAACAGUGCUGGGAAGCAGUUCCCGAACCAUGAGUCAAGUCUAGGGGGUCCCAGGACAUCCAAGUCGAGUCAUUUUCUGUUAGUCGAUUUUCAGAUGGCUCUAAUCACCUCAAAGUAGUCUCAAUAAUAAGGUUUAAUAAAUUUUUGAAGUUUAAUUGAAGUAAUAAAUUAAACCUGAUUUUUUAUGGAGUGGUAAGACAUUUUCACAACCUUAUCCAAGAGGGGGGUUCACUCAAAAUGCUUUGGCGCACGCACCAUAGUUUGCCCACCCC